CCUUGGCCCAGACUAGAUCGUGUUUUCAUCCACACCGUCUCCUGCCAUGUCGUCACCACCAUCCCAUCACCAUGCCUGAUCAAUGGACCUGUAAUGAGUGCGGCGACACAUUCAAUCGACGCGAGCACCACCAGCGCCAUCUGCGCACCCACACUAAAGAGAAGCCCUUCGCCUGCUCCGUGUGCGGAAGCGACUUUGGCCGCAUCGACUCUCUCGCCCGCCAUCACGCCUCGACACACCUGCAAACCACCGCCAUGGGGUCUUCGGAGCAUAGUGAGCGGCAGCGAGUCUCGCGCGCGUGUAAACGCUGUAGCACCGCCAAAGUCAAAUGUGAUGGUAAGCGUCCCUGCGAGAAGUGUGCCUCCGCCGACUCCGAAUGCCUUUACGAAUCUCCCAAGAGAAGAAGAACUGCCUCCCAGCGUCCCACAAUAGAACCACAGCCAAAACGCCACUUUUCUGAGGCACAAGCCAGUUGCGCAGGCCGCAACGUUUCAGCGCCCGGGCCCUCCCCAGCGGAGGAUCAACCAGAGUUCAUGCCUGCCAUCGACCCCCAGCUCUGUAUCAUACCACCCGUAAGGACCGUCGAUGCCACAAUCCCUGACUUCAUGCAUCUUGACUUCUUCGCUGCCCCGAAAACUUUCGGAUGUCACGACGAUCUGAGCAACAUGGACUGGCUGUCAGAUGGCUUAGAUGUAGCUCUCUGGCCGGCACCAUUCGAUCUCCAGGCCGAGGCUCAACUCUUACAGGAUAUCGAUCGGAUAGAUGUCGUCCCGCCUAUGACACACAAGGCACCGUCACACAAUUUAGGCCCUUAUUUGCCUCCAACUCCGGCUUCUGACCUUGCCGAACUUUACAGCCGCAGUCAUACACCAGUCAUGGAUAAGGAUGCAGUCGACAUUCGACAAUACCACCCCACAUCCAUUGAAGUAGAUGCACCCUUAUCUUGGCCAGAAAUCGACCCACAGUCGCUUGUUGACGCGGAUCUGGAAGAUUUUGCACACGUUGAAAGCCUAUCACAAGAAAAGGUAGACGCCGUGGCCGGAUUGAUCGAUGACGUGCAAAACAAGCCACAUUAUCCGCUCUUUAACAGCCCAAAGCUCCCAGCAAGGUCCAUCAUCAACGCUUGGGUCCAACUCUACUUUGAGUACUUUCACCCAGUAUUCCCAGUGCUACACAAGGCCACUUUCUCUUCGCUUGAAACACCCCCUCUUCUUGUUUUGGUGGUUGCAGCAAUCGGUGCACAAUUCUCUGAUUUGCCCAACUCUCUCGCCUGUGCAAGGAGCCUUCAUGAACUCGUAAGACGCUUGUCAUCGCGCCAGUGCGAAUUUCAGAACAAGAACGGUCGGACAGUAUGGAUGACGCAAGUUGUCAUGCUGAACAGCUUAGCCAUGUCACACUCUGGAGAAAGACGAGCGCUUGAAGUGUCAGAAAUCUUGCAAGCCGUGCCUGUGGCACUCGCAAGGAGAAAAGGCCUUCUCGAAGACGUUUUGACCCACGAGCGGAUCUUGCAGAUGCAAGCACCUCUGCAGCAGACUUGGAGACUCUGGGCCAUGGAUGAGGAGAGAAGGCGCACAGGUUUCGGCGUCUGGCUUGUUGACUUUGCGUUCCAAUCAGAUUUCAACCUGACCACAGUCAUGAACUCCCACGAGCUGAAAAACUCCCUUCCUCAAUCUGAUGCACGAUGGAAUGCAAACAGUGCUCAGAGCUGGGCGAGUUAUCCGCCAGGAUUAGGUUCAGGACGCACAAAAUCAUUGGCGGAGGUUGUAUCCACUGACAGCUGGUUGUCCACUUGGUCGAAGACGAGUACACUGGGCAAACAAGUGAUUCUGCAAGAUCUUAUGGAAAGAGUGCGGCUGUCAAAUGCUAACUUCCAACCAAGUGGUCAGGUCAUUGCCGACAGUGCCCAUGCAAAGAGAUGUCUGGAAAGUUUUCUUUCGGCUUUGAAUGAACAGCAGGACAUCUCCGUCGACGAUCUGAAGGCUUCAAUGGUGCACAAGGCCAUCUGUCUCACAGCGCUAAUGAUCGGUUCCUCUCCAGGCGUAGAUGUCACAAAAGUUGCUCUUAGCCGCAUAUAUAGGCAGAUGACCGAUGAAGAGCUCUCCCAUAUGUCACAGGCCUGGAGAGAAGCACCUCACCAGGGUCGAGAGGCAGUCUUUCACGCGGGAUAUCUCUUCGAAACCAUCCGAAACAGCCACUCAAUGCAUUACUCAAUGCCUUCAUAUCUACUCAGAGCAGUCUUAACGCUCUGGCUAUACUCUGUACUUUUCGACAAGCCCGAAGUCACUGGUUUCACCAUUGAACCAGGAGACUCGGGUUCGAUUACCCUUGGAACUGCGCGUACCGACAAUGAUCGAGCUUGGAGUUGGAUAAACCAGGGGCACGUAAGAAUUAAGCUACCAAGUAUCGCAAACUUGCUGUGCCGGCUGGGAAGACGAAAGCUGCUCGAGCACUCCAUAGCCGCUAUGGGUUCUCUGAGAAGCUGGGGCAUCAGCAGGGGCUACUUGCAACUCCUAAAGCGUCUCGAAGCAAGCGAGAGCGUCUCCGCGCCAAAGUAAUUUGAGUAAUCGGAAUCUAAACUCUUCUUGUUUCCAG